GACUCUGAGGGGAAGUUUGGCCGCCGCCGCCGCCGCGGGCCCCGUGAGGAGGAGCCGCCGCCGGGAGCGCGGGCCCGGCACCGCCGCGCCGCCAUGGGCAACCGGGGCAUGGAGGAGCUCAUCCCGCUGGUCAACAAGCUGCAGGACGCCUUCAGCUCCAUCGGGCAGAGCUGCCACCUCGACCUGCCGCAGAUCGCCGUGGUGGGCGGGCAGAGCGCCGGCAAGAGCUCGGUGCUCGAGAACUUCGUGGGCCGGGAUUUCCUUCCCCGUGGCUCUGGGAUCGUCACCCGCCGGCCUCUGAUCCUGCAGCUCAUCUUCUCCAAGACGGAAUAUGCCGAGUUCCUGCACUGCAAGUCCAAGAAGUUCACGGAUUUCGAUGAGGUGCGGCAGGAGAUCGAGGCGGAGACCGACCGGGUGACGGGCACCAACAAGGGCAUCUCCCCCGUGCCCAUCAACCUGCGCGUGUACUCGCCCCACGUGCUGAACCUGACCCUGAUCGACCUGCCCGGGAUCACCAAGGUGCCCGUGGGGGAUCAGCCGCAGGACAUCGAGUUCCAGAUCCGCGACAUGAUCCUGCAGUUCAUCAGCAGGGAGAGCAGCCUGAUCCUGGCCGUCACCCCGGCCAACAUGGACCUGGCCAACUCGGACGCGCUCAAGAUGGCCAAGGAGGUGGAUCCGCAGGGCCUGAGGACCAUCGGGGUCAUCACCAAGCUGGACCUGAUGGACGAAGGCACCGACGCCCGGGACGUGCUGGAGAACAAACUGCUGCCCCUGCGGAGAGGCUACAUCGGGGUGGUGAACCGCAGCCAGAAGGACAUCGAUGGCAAGAAGGACAUCAGGGCCGCGCUGGCUGCCGAGCGCAAAUUCUUCCUGUCACACCCGGCCUACCGCACUGGCGGCAUGGGACCCCCUUCCCACCUGGAAAAAUGCGAAUUUCCCGUCUGAGUUUUGGCCGUGCCCCUGCAGCAACUGACCAACCACAUCCGGGAGUCGCUGCCGUCGCUGCGCAGCAAGCUGCAGAGCCAGCUGCUCUCCCUGGAGAGGAGGGGAGAAACCCUGGGAUUUGCACUGUCCCAGCCCAGCUGGGGGAAUUGGGCGUUUCUGCCCCCUCAUUGCCGUUCCUGCCCCAGGAUGGUGCAGCAGUUCGGGGUGGACUUUGAGAAGAGGAUCGAGGGCUCGGGGGACCAGGUGGACACUCUGGAGCUCUCCGGGGGCGCCAGGAUCAACCGGAUUUUCCACGAGAGGUUUCCCUUCGAGCUGGUCAAGAUGGAAUUCGACGAGAAGGAUCUGAGGCGGGAGAUCAGCUACGCCAUCAAGAACAUCCACGGGGUGAGGACGGGGCUGUUCACACCAGACCUGGCCUUCGAGGCCAUUGUGAAGAAGCAGGUGGUGAAGCUGAAGGAGCCGUGCCUGAAAUGUGUGGAUCUGGUGAUCCAGGAGCUCAUCAACACCGUGCGCCAGUGCACCAGUAAGCUGGGCUCGUACCCCCGGCUGCGGGAGGAGACCGAGCGCAUCGUCACCACCCACAUCCGCGAGAGGGAGGGCAAAACCAAGGACCAGAUCCUGCUGCUCAUCGACAUCGAGCUCUCCUACAUCAACACCAACCACGAGGAUUUCAUCGGCUUCGCCAACGCCCAGCAGCGGAACACUCAGAUCAACAAGAAGAGAGCGAUCCCAAACCAGGGGGAGAUCCUGGUGAUCCGCCGGGGCUGGCUCACCAUCAACAACAUCAGCAUCAUGAAGGGCGGCUCCAAGGAGUACUGGUUCGUGCUCACGGCCGAGUCGCUCUCCUGGUACAAGGACGAGGAGGAGAAGGAGAAGAAGUACAUGCUGCCUUUGGACAACCUGAAAAUCAGGGAUGUGGAGAAGGGAUUCAUGUCCACCAAACACAUCUUUGCCAUCUUCAACACGGAGCAGAGGAACGUGUACAAGGACCUGCGGCAGAUCGAGCUGGCCUGCGACUCGCAGGAGGACGUGGACAGCUGGAAAGCCUCCUUCCUGCGGGCAGGGGUCUAUCCUGAGAAGGACCAGACGGAGAGCGAGGACGGCGCCCAGGAGAACACCUUCUCCAUGGACCCGCAGCUGGAGAGGCAGGUGGAGACCAUCCGCAACCUCGUGGACUCCUACGUGGGGAUCAUCAACAAAUCCAUCCGGGACCUCAUGCCAAAGACCAUCAUGCACCUCAUGAUCAACAAUACCAAGGAUUUCAUCCACUCGGAGCUGCUGGCCUUCCUGUACUCGUCGUCGGACCAGGGCAGCCUGAUGGAGGAGUCGGCGGAGCAGGCGCAGCGCCGGGACGAGAUGCUGCGCAUGUACCACGCGCUCAAGGAGGCGCUGGCCAUCAUCGGCGACAUCAGCACCAGCACCGUGUCCACGCCCGUGCCCCCGCCCGUGGACGACACCUGGCUGCAGCCCGCGGCCGGCCACAGCCCGCCCCCGCAGCGCCGGCCGCCCUCGGCCCUGCUGCCCCCCGGCCGCCCCCCGUCCCUGCGCGCCCCGGCCCCGGGGCCGCCGCUGCUGCCGCUGCCCGGGGGGGCCCCGCCCGGGCCGGCCCCGCCCGCCUUCGCCGCGCCCCCCAUCCCGUCCCGCCUCGGCCCCUUCGCCGCCGCCGCUGCCGCCAGCGACCCCUUCGCGGCCCCGCCCCAGAUCCCCGCCCGGCCCGCGCGCAUCCCGCCCGGCAUCCCGCCCGGCGUGCCCAGGAGGCCCCCGGCGGCCCCGAGCCGCCCGACCAUCAUCCGCCCUGCCGAGCCCUCCCUGCUGGAUUAACCCGGGACCCGCGGGCUCCUCACCCUGCCCCGCGCCACCAACAGCGCCCCGCAACGGGAGGAACGGGCAAAAACGGGGGAGAAACGGGAAAAACGGGGAAAAAACAACCCAGAGCCAGCCCGCAGCCAUCCUGGGGCUGAUCCUGGAUCCCAUCCCGGGCUGAUCCCAAAUCCUGGGGCUGAUCCUGGAUCCCAUCCCAGGGUGAUCUCAGAUCCUGGGGCUGAUCCUGGAUCCCAUCCCAGGGUGAUCUCAGAUCCUGGGGCUGAUCCUGGAUCCCAUCCCAGGGUGAUCUCAGAUCCUGGGCUGUUCCUGGAUCCCAUCCCAGGGUGAUCCCAAAUCCUGGGCUGAUCCUGGAUCCCAUCCCAGGGUGAUCUCAGAUCCUGGGGUGAUCCCUGGGGUGAUCCCGGAUUCCUUCCCGGGGUGAUCUCAGAUCCUGGGGCUGAUCCCAGAUCGCAUCCCUGGCUGAUCCUGGGGUGUUCCCACAGUGAUCCCAGAUCCUGGGGUGAUCCCAGGGCUGUUCCUGGAUCCCAUCCCGGGCUGAUCUCAGAUCCUGGGGCUGAUCCUGGAUCCUGGGGUGAUCCCGGAUCCGUUCCUGGGGUGAUCUCAGAUCCUGGGGUGAUCCCAGGGCUGAUCCUGGAUCCCAUCCCAGGGUGAUCCCAGAUCCUGGGGCUGAUCCUGGGGUGUUCCCACAGUGAUCCCAGAUCCUGGGGCUGAUCCCAGAUCCUGGGGUGAUCUCAGAUCCUGGGGCUGAUCCCAGAUCCCAUCCCAGGCUGAUCCCAAAUCCUGGGGCUGAUCCCAGAUCCCAUCCCAGGCUGAUCCCAGAUCCUGGGGCUGAUCCUGGAUCCCAUCCCGGGCUGAUCCCCCCGUUCCCGUCCCGUCGGGGGCAGCUCCGGGCAGGUCCCUGCAGCUGAUCCUGGCAGCUCCGGGGCCCCCCCGGUGUUUUUUUGGGAUUUUGGGAACUUUGCACUUUGUGAGAAUUCCCGAGGGGGGAGGGAGGGCCCGGCCCCGCCUCUGCCUUCCUCCCCCCUCCUCCUCCUCCUCCUCCUCCUCUGUUCCCGAAUUCCGGGGAUUUUGCCCCAAACUCACCCGCGGCUCCCCCUCCGCCCCCUCCCAGGGAUUUGGGGUUUCUUGGUUGUUUUUUUUUUUUUUUUUGGUUUUUGGGGUUUUUUUAAAGAAUUGGGGUUUUUGAGCAAGGGAAAACACUGGAAUUCCCAGAGCACCGAUCCCAAUUCCCUGAGAACCUCAGGAAUUUCAUCCCGGGAUUACCCGGGAGAGGAGGAGGAGGAGGAGGGGGAGGGGGAGGAAGCUGCGGCCCCCCGGGGUGGGGGAGGGGGCUUUGCUCUGGAAGCUUCUCCCCCUCCCCCGCCCCGUUCCCGAUCCCGCUCCGCCGGGAGCCGAGGUUGUAAAUAUUUUUACAGACUUGUAUUAAUUGUAUAAAAAAAAAAACCCAUAAAAAAAAAAGAGGGGAAAAAGAAAAAAAAAAAAAACACAAAAAACAAACCAGGAAAAAAAAAAAAAAAAGGAACAAAUGGCGGCCCAGCAAUAAUGUGGAUUUUUCCGACCCCCCCCCGGCCCCGGUGCCUUAACGACCCCCCGGCUCGGGGGGGCCAAUUAAUCCAUUAACGAGCCGGGGGCGGUUUUGGGGGGGCGGCUCCGGCCCCCCCCGGGGGUCCCCCCGAAGUGCCUCCGCUCCGCGUCCCAUUAAUGAACUAAAAACCGGCAAAAAAAUCCGAAUAAAGGGAAAAAAAAUCCAAAA